AUGAUUGAUGUCGCACCAUCUGUGAGUCUGGACCAACGUCAACGUCUUGAUUGUCCUCACGAUCCCGUUUCCUUUCCUGCACAAUAUAAUUUCACACCUGCUUUUACUACGUUUCCAACAAACCUACAAAAUUCAGACUUGAACUUGUCACUGCUUGGCGGUUUCGAUUUUUCGAGCGAACAAGCUUUUGAUUCAACCCCUCUCGACCUACAAAAUUGGACCGCUUUUCUCUCCAUGCUUCAACAAGUUCAAAUGCAACAAUCAAGCCAAGAUCUUCCACACUCACAAACAUCGUCGCCUUCGCAUCAGCGACAAUUUAAUGAAAUGAACUACCAUCAAAAUCAAUAUUCGGGAGCUCAGCAGACAAUGUUGCCCCUGACGACUCCACCGUUUGUUGAACCCUCAGCAAACUACUUUGAGGUUCCUUCAACAGUGCCCGCUUCGUAUUUCGCCUCUUUGGUGGCUCCUCCCCCCACCUUACCUGCUUCCUCCGUAAAUGGCCCUAUUGGCCCUCGUGGUUAUGCAAACGCUACUGGUGUAGCCGCCGCAGCUAUUCAACAUAACUAUCAACAGCAUCAUCCUUCGUCGAGAAAUUCUCAAUUGCUUGCUACCAACAACUUCCAGUUGACCCAAGGAAAUAGCAGUUACAAUAACAAUGACGUCCCUGACCAUCAUUACUUACCUCAAAGGAUGAUCUAUGCCGGUGCAGUUCCUUCCCUAAACGCAGCCGGAACACGUCCACAGCCUCAAAAUCAAUAUCACCGGAAACCGAUUCCGGUGAUUAACACGAGCCUUCCACCAAGUCCAGCAAGUACAUUUUCUCGACCAAAUUCAGCUGCGUCUUCACCAGUAAGCAGUACAGUUACUCAGCCAUUGCUCACACCAACCAUUGCUCAGGUGCUUAACACCACCGACAAUGGUCAUGACGAGAAUACCAUGCACCUACCAAUGUUUGAAUCAAACAACUCAUCGACCGCUACGUGGACCUCACCGACAGCUACAACGAUUACGAUUCCUCAGAACAUCUCGGUUUCGUCAUCACCCGAGAUCACAUCACCAAUAACACCGACGUAUUCAUACAGUGGACCACCAAAAUCCUAUUAUUCUCGCUUGCCGCUCUAUGAUAGGCCAUUCAAGUGCGACCAGUGCCCACAGAGCUUCAAUCGUAAUCACGACCUCAAACGCCACAAACGCAUACACUUGGCUGUAAAACCUUAUCCCUGCCAAUACUGCCGGAAACAAUUUUCCCGUAAGGAUGCGCUCAAAAGGCACAUCCUUGUCAAAGGGUGCAACGAUAACUCAGUCAACAAAAGCUCAAACUCCUCAACAAAUAGCACCGGAAGUGGUCAGGUCACGAGUACUGGAGAUUCUUCCUCAACGACGUCACCAAAUGCCGGGCGAAAUUAUAAAAUCGAAAAUAGGGGUCCAGUAAAUCCUAUAAAGAUUGAACCCAACAGUGACAAUGUCUACUAUGGUAUAUGA